AUGGGCAAGAAACGCCGCCGCACGAGCAACCAGCGCGACGACACCUGGACCAAGGGCCCGGAAAAGCCGGCGGACGCCGCGCGCCGUCUCAAAUGCGCGCGGCGCUUCGAGGAUUAUUAUAGGCAGCAGCUCGGCCUCGACGACGAGGAAUGGCGGCGCAUGAUGGCGACCUUCAGAAAACCGCUGCCGGCGACGUUCCGCGUGACCGCGCCGGACGGCCUCGCGCGCAAGAUCGAACAUGAGUUGAGGGAGGUGUGUGGGCGGUGCGACGCCGCCGCGGCGCGCAUGCGGAGCGAGGGCCCGACCGCGGCGGAUCUGGAACGCUUCUCGCGCGACGCGGAACCGGCGGCCUCCGCGGCGGCCUACCACGCCUUCGCGACGGCGCCCCUGAACCUCACGAGUUUGGACUGGAUCCCGAACCGGCGGGCCUGGCGCGUCGACGCCGAGCGCGCGGCCCUGCGCAAGUCGCCGGCGCACAAAGAAUUACACACUUUGCUCGUGGCGCACGAGCGGGCAGGUACGAUAACCCGCCAGGAGGCCGUGAGCAUGGUGCCUCCUCUCUUCCUGGCUUGUCGACCGGGCGACCGCGUCCUCGACACCUGCGCCGCGCCGGGCUCGAAGACGUCGCAGCUCAUCGAGGCGGUGUUCCCGCCCGGGUCCGGUGAUUUGAAGGAUGCUUCAGGUUUAGUGGUCGCGAACGACGAGGACCUCAAGCGGACGCAUACGUUAGUGCACCAGCUGAAGCGGUUGGGCGCGCCGUGCUGGGCGGCGACGCACGGCGACGCGCGGCUCAUCCCGACGCCGCGCGAUCCUGAUGGACGCAAGUUAUUGUAUGAUAAGGUCCUGGCGGACGUGCCUUGUUCCAGUGAUGGCACUCUCCGGAAGACGCCGGGUGUCCUAGAUCGAUGGUCGACGGCGACAGGCGCGUCGCUCCACGCGCUGCAGGCGUCGAUAGCCGUGCGGGCGGCGCAGCUCGUCAAGCCCGGCGGUACACUUGUUUAUUCCACGUGUUCCCUGAACCCCGUCGAGGACGAGGCCGUGGUCGCGGAGUUGCUGCGGGCGGACCCGUCGCUGACGGUAAUCGAGGACCCGCGCGCGCCGCAAUUAGUAAGACGGCCGGGCCUGACGACCUGGAAGGUCUUGGACGAAGGCGACGAUGGGUUAGUGGAGUACGCGUCGCCCGGCGACGUCCCCGAGGGUAAAAUGCGCCGUUUCCGGCCCUCGGUCUUCCCGCCGACGGACUCACGCAUCCAAACGCAGCUCACGCGCUGCAUGCGCUUCCUGCCGCACGACGCCGACGCCGGCGGCUUCUUCGUCUGCGUCCUGCGCAAGGAAGGUUCUACAGUCGCGGAAACGGCGACGACCGAGGUGCCGCCGAAAAAAGACAAGCCCGACGGCCGCCAGCUCUCCGAGGACGUGAAGUACGUACGCUUCCGGGACGCCGCCGACACGGCGAAGUUGGCCGCCUUCUUCGGCCUCGAAAACUUCCCCUGGGAGCUGCUGGUCUGCCGGUCGGGCGCCGACAACGCCAUGGCGACGCAGCAGUCGGCGAAGAAGGUCGUGCUGGGGACGCCCGCGUGCGCCGCGUUAUGCGAGCGCGCGAAGCAACUCCGGCUGCGCGUCGUCCACGCGGGCGUGAUCACCUUCGCGCGGACCUCGGAGUCGGCGGGCUGCGCGGUCGACUACCGCCUGUCCCAGGACGGCGUCGACCUCGUGCUGCCGUUCCUCACUAAAAGACGCGUCGCGUGUGGGAGAGGGGACUUCGAGAAGCUGCUGGCGGGCGGCUCGCACGGGCCCGAGGCCUUCUCCGAGAAGGUCCGGGCGGAGGUCGCGGCCCUGGGCGCGGGGUCCGUCGUGUUUGUGCUGGAGGACGGGUCGGCGCGGCCGCCGGCGUGCGUCGCGUGGCGCGGCCUCCAGGGCUACGUCUCGGUGUUCGCGGGGAAGGAGGACCUGGUCGUGCUGCGAUCGCGGCUGGGGUAAGAGUUCCUAGAGGUAAACCCGGUCCCGGCGCGCGACGGUGAUGUUCUUCUUCGGCCCAGACGGGAAAUUGGCCGUCGUUCAAUCAAACGACAAGCCAGAUCAUGGGAAACCAAACUCUAGGCACACUGUAUUAUUUAGCGCAACAGCCUUCGCGGCGGGCCAGAAGACCUACGACAUCAGGGUCACGAACGUUAACUCGAAGCUCACUCUUUACGUGGACGGCGAGCUCGACAGCUCCGUGCAAGGAACCGCGACGUACAUGCCGCCCGAAGGUGUCGGUAGACUGAUAGUGGGGUGGGAUGCAGGAUUUGUCCCACCCUACCUGCCGGCCCAAGCCAUCAUCUCCGACGCUCGCUUUGCCGACCUGGACCUAGGCCAAGACGAGGUCCUCCCCAUCUCCAAGCACAGCUACUGCGUCGAGACGAAGUUCUGCUCCAGCAAGCCCUGCACGAACACGACGGCCGCCACGAACCUUACGGUCACGCGCUGCACGACGGGCCUCCAGUACGAUACGGCGACGAACCGUUCACGCAUGCAGGGUCUGCCUGACGCAAGCAGAUUGCGACGGGUCGGAGAUCUGCGAGUUCCCCAGCGCGCGCCGCGGGCUCCGCUUCGGCAGCAUCCAGCAGGAGGGAUGCUGCCACGCGCGCUAA